AUGGCUGAUAGAUAUUCGUUUUCUUUGACAACAUUUUCACCAAGUGGUAAAUUGGGUCAAAUCGAUUAUGCUUUAGCGGCUGUCAAGCAAGGUGUUACGUCCUUGGGUAUAAAGUCUACGAAUGGUGUUGUUAUUGCGACUGAGAAGAAGACAUCGUCGAGUUUAGCCUUACCAGAUACUGUGCAAAAAGUAUCUCUAAUAACACCGGACAUUGGUGCCGUUUACUCUGGUAUGGGUCCUGAUUUCAGAGUGUUAAUAGACAAGGCUAGAAAAGUAGCACACACCAACUACAAGAGAAUCUACGGAGAAUAUCCACCAACCAAGAUGCUAGUGUCUGAAGUAGCCAAGAUCAUGCAAGAGGCAACUCAAUCGGGUGGUGUGAGGCCAUUUGGCGUGUCAGUACUGGUUGCGGGGCAUGAUGAACACAAUGGAUUUAGUUUAUACCAAGUGGAUCCUUCUGGUGCAUACUUCCCAUGGAAGGCCACCGCCAUUGGUAAGGGCUCAUCAGCUGCCAAGACAUUUUUGGAAAAGAGAUGGAACGACGAGUUAGAACUAGAAGAUGCCAUACACAUUGCACUCCUAACGUUGAAGGAGUCUGUCGAAGGUGAAUUUAACGGAGACACUAUAGAACUGGCGAUCAUAGGAGAUGUAAAUCAAGAGCUGCUAGGCUACCAGGGCGAACCUCGUGCAAAGGGUCCACGUUUCAGAAAGUUGACGCCACAAGAGAUUAACGAUAGAUUGGACGCUUUGUGA